ACGUUCUUCAGAUAUCCCGCUCUCAGACUAUGGUGACCGAUGGCGACAUCUGUAACUCCUCCGCUCCCCGGAGACCAAAGCAUCACCUUCCUUCGCCGGAGAUCUAAGAAACCUUUGGAAUUCGAAAGGACUGGUUUGUAGUCGACCGUUAUAUAUACGUUAUUCAGUCAUUCCGCUCUCAACAAACCCAAACACACCCAGACCCAUAGCGAUCUAUGUAACUACACUUCCGGAGACGUAAACACCCACAACUUUCAAAUGAGACUCUCAUUCAUCUCUCUAGUCCAAGAAAUUAUCAAGAUCGUUAUAAAACAUGUGAUUCGUAACAAUAUGGAUUCAUUUUCAUGUCAAAUACGAGGACACUGAAAGGUGUAGCAUUCCCUCCUCGUGGAGACAGUGAGUUUCUUGCUACAGUUAAACAUGUCUUUAUUGUCAGGCUUAUUGGAGUUGGACUGUCAUUUGCAGCAACUGGUUGUGGGAUUUCAUUUGACUUUUGGUCCAUCACAAGUAGAAUGAUAUUUAAUUUUUCUUUACUUAAAUACGUGGUAACAAACAACACGAGGACCAGCCACGGGGCGCUUCAGCCGUCAAAUGAAUUGCUUGCUGUCUUGAACCCUUCUUCCCAGUCCACUCUCUCGUUUCUCGACUGUUUGCAGACGAUGGAUGUUUCUUCCUUCUCCACGAGCCCAAGGCGAUGCUGCCUUCCUUCCUCAGCUGUAGAUAUGGUGGUGCUCAAGAAACAUGGUGUCUCUCAAUGCUAUCAAGGCUCUGUAUCCAUGUUGGGUAAUAAAAGCAGACCUCAGCCUUCACUAAAUCAAAGUCUACUCUCAAGGCAUAAGAAGUACCCUGUUCAGGUGUUAAGCAGCCAGAAGAAAGACAUCCCUAUAGUAGAGGCUCGGACCAUGGAUGAAAUAUAUGAUACUUUAGCUGAACGUGUGGUCCCAACUGCAGCUUCAGGAACAAAUACCAGUGCAAUUCAUAUUGUGGGAUUAGCUGGGCCUCCAGGGGCUGGAAAAACCACUAUUGCUUCAGAGGUGGCUAAGAGAGUAAACAAGUUAUGGCCUCAAAAAUCAUGUGCAUUUGAUUCACAGGUUCAACCUCCUCAAAUUGCUGUUGUUCUUCCCAUGGAUGGCUUCCAUCUUUAUCGCCAUCAACUUGAUUCAAUGGAGGAUCCAAAGGAAGCCCAUGCAAGAAGGGGAGCUCCAUGGACGUUUAAUCCUGAUUUAUUCUUAAAAUGCCUCAAGACACUGAGGGAGCAGGGGUCGGUUUAUGCUCCAUCUUUUGACCAUGGUGUUGGAGACCCAGUUGAAGAUGAUAUCUUCAUAAAUGUUCAGCAUAAAGUUGUGAUAGUGGAAGGCAAUUAUCUACUUCUAGAAGAUGGUACUUGGAAAGAAAUUGCAUCAAUGUUGGACGAGAAAUGGUUUGUAGAUGUUGACAUUGACAUAGCAAUGGAACGUGUUUUGAAGAGACAUAUAUCAACUGGCAACACCCCUGAAUUCGCCAAACAAAGGAUCGAGUACAAUGACAGGCCAAAUGCAGAACUUAUUUUCAAAUCCAAGAAAAAAGCUGACUUGAUAAUCAAGUCAGUUGCUCUUUGAAGGUCAAAAUCCACAUUUUCCAUGCAUGUAUCAUGUAUGUAUCAAUGAUAUUGUUGUGUUUUAGAUUAUUGCAAAAUAAUUCAGUGUUUAUGAAUGACUAACUGAAAUGACACCAGUUUUGUAAAAAUAACUAG